CGAUAAUUUUUAGAACUUGAUAGUCUGUCCUCCUAAUGAUCAGACAGACGCAACCAUUAUGAAACAAAGGAUGCAGGUAACAGGCUCGAUCUCGAACGAAAAUGCGCAGAACUACACCUGGUCGCCAUAUACGACGGUUGUACUAGACUGUGGAUCUCACUUGACGAGAGCCGGCUUUGCAGGUGCUAGCGACCCGCAGUUUGUCUUGCCGAGUGUGGUCUCAACCUACGUGAGUGAGCAGCGGAAAUACAACUCUCUAUGUGAUUGAUAUGUUGAAUGAACGAAUGUGUCUAGCAGGUGAAGGCGUUUGCAGUGCCUUACUCUGAAAGUCUUGAAUACUUCUUCUUUUUCGUUUCCUUGAUUCUUUUUUCGCGGACAUUUUCAAACAAAUGACGUUUCUCAAGAAUAACGGCCUGCAUCUUUUUCUUCGAAAGCAAACCAUUCGAAAUAGAUCAGGUUUUUCAAGGAAGUGAUGGUGAUCAGGCAGGCCCUAAAAGUUUCUGCUGCGGCAUAGUCAUAGAAGUCUCUUCGGAAUUUACACUUACCAGUUUUAGUCUAGUACUACGUCUAGUACGCCUCGCGGAGGUGGGUUCGUUUGUUGUUGUAAUUAUGAGAUGUUAAAAACUUUCACUUUUUCGUCCCCUUGUACUACUACGAUUGGGUACACUACCACUAGUACUUUGCUAGCUCCUUUCAACAGGUCUUUGUACACGACCUGCGUCUUGUUCAUAUUGAAGCCUCAAGGGUGCUACAAGUGGUGGAGCCUAUGGCACUCCGUCACGCACAGCGGAUGCUGCACCCAGCGAUUUGUCGUAUGAUAUCGGACAGUUCGCGUACGAGGCCAGACACAGUCCCUCUUUCCAGGUGUCUCACCCAAUAGGGAGCAACGGCGUGGAAGACUGGGACAGCCUCGAACGAUACUGGUUUUAAGGUUCCUCCUUCCCCUAGUCCAUCUUGUAAGUCACAGGCAUCCUGCUCGUGGAGAAGUUUCAUUUUCAAAUUUCCUAUCUACUUAUGAUCAAGGACAAGGGGAAAAACAAAAAGGGCACCCCACCCCCAGGAGGCAUCUCAGGAUGGAUUAGGGCGAGAUCUUCUAAGGGUUACAGCUCUUUUUCAAAUAUCUGCGUGUGAUGCCCGACGACGCGGAUGUUGUGCUCUGCGAGCCUCCUUUUUUUGGCGUAGAAUUUGCGAAAAUGGCAACCGAGGUUUUCUUCGAUGUGCUGGGUGUGAAUUCGCUCUGUCUAGUUCCAGCACCUGUAUGCGCUUUGCAUGCCGCCAGUGUCCAACUAUCUGUACUUAUGGCUUUAAUUUCAAUAUGAUCGAUGAAGCAGACUCCACCGUCGGUCUUCUUCUUCCGUCUUCGAAAGCAGCAUCUUGGUAACAAGACCAGGGCUUUGCUAGUCUAAAGAGAUGAAAAAAAUGCAGAGGCGGGUUUCUGGUACUAAAAUAUGGUCUAAUGUGCCUUCUCCUCCAGCUGCAGCGUCUUUCGGCCUCGUUGUUGAGAAGGUUCACGUAGGCAGCAAGACGCUUUAUUUCGCUCCCGGCGAGAGCUCAACAAGUACAGGCCUUGUCGUAGACGUGGGACAUCGAAGUACGAGGUUAGUUUAAGGCAUCCACAAAUCCAUCUUUCUGAGCACCUUGGCUCACUUUCUCAAGGGAAAACGGGGACCACGAUGCCCCUGCGGAUAGAUUUGUGGUAGUUCUAAUUAGUGCCUGUCGUAGAGAAUAUGCCGCUGUAUGCGACAGGAGACGUUUUUCCUUUUGGCGGGCACCAUGUUACCGAAUACGUACAUGACUGUCUGCAGGAGCGGAAAGAAGAAGGUAGAUAGAUGUUAUUAGUCAAUGUUUUCUCUUACUACCGCCUCAAGCAGUGCAAUAGUGUAUACUGUUUUAUUUUUAGGCAACAGUUGUCUAAGUUUGAAGAGCAUGUAAUUGCGUAUGAUCAUCUUCAUGUUCUUAUUUCGUACCUCUACCUCCAGGCUCGGGCUCGUCAUUGGCCUGACAGCUGGCACGAAGUAGAAGUUUUUUACUGUAGCCUAAUAUCGUUGGAGACAACAUCAAGCAACUUGCAUCGAUGUAUACUAUUCAAUCAUACAACCAGGCGUACCGCCUGAGAUACGUCACGAAGUUGCGGAGAAAGUUAAAGUAAGCCAGGGCUAUGUAGCGAAAGAGCUACAAAGUGAGUUCGAAAAAUACGACGAACAGAAAUUUCUACAUCCAGAUCCCCAUGUUCGGAAGGAAUCGAAGAUAAAGUUAUGCAACAAGGAGUAUCAAGUAUGAGUAUCUGCAUCGUUCGAAUGUUUAACGCCGGGGGGAGCAAGUGGUUUACGUCUAGUGCUUUCUCGUUUUCUAAAUCCUGAUCUUCACUGCAAUUUUGAUAAAUCACUUUGUUUUUUUAGUAGAAGUACACGACGCAUAUUUAUUGAGGACGAGUCAGAACUUCUACUCAAGAAAUAAAUUAGUGACUAACUACUAAUGACAGCGCCUACAAUCUAAACAAUUCAUCACCUUUCUUAUGGAGGAGUCGAAGUCUCCUUUACGCAUACAAAGUACGUCAUUUAAUGUCGACAAAGUUUUCUCAGAGCUGUCUAAUGCACGUGAUGCAUAAGCACGGGCGUCAGGAAUGGAGCUGCGACGUAGGACCCGAACGCUUCCUCGGUCCGGAGAUUUUUUUUCAUCCGGAACUGUAUUCAAGGCGUACUCGUGUCGAGGCUAGCAAGACCGUGGUCACGGCCACAGCUGCAGGUGGGUCCGGAAGCGGCGCUAAGCAGGGCUCAGUGAACAACAAUCUUUAUGACCAUGGAUUAGUCACAUUCAUCACAGACUGUUCUUAGGAAGAUGAAAAGUUCAGGGUGCGCAUGAAGAUAAACCAGAGUGACGAUUUUAUUUUCCUUGUAUCUACAAACAUGAUAGAACUACAACGAACUAGUACUACUAGAAGUAAGUUGUAUGCUUAUUCACGUUGAUUCAGUAUCUGUGUUCUUCUACUUUUUGUUUUUUCUGUACAAGGAAGAACAUUUAUUUUAUGAGACUCCUUCAUUUCUGCAUUUCUGCUGCUGACGCGGUGAUCCGCAAGUGUCCGAUUGAUUAUCGGCGGCAACUCUAUCAGCGCGUUGUACUAGUGGGUGGCUCAUCACAAUUUCAGCACUUCUCGCACCGAUUUACUAGAGAACUGGGUCUUCGACUGAACACGAGCCAAGCAAGAAAAAUUCAAACGGGAGUGGCCCCUUUCGUUAAGGCUUGAAGCGCCAGUUAUCAGCUUUUUUUUAUAAGUGUUGCUCUAUUUCAAAUCGGUUUGUCUUUGUUACUGUUAGUGAUCGCUGGCGACCACCUUUAUUCAAUUUUGAUUGGACUGAAAGUACUACUAGCACUCGGGAAAGGAUCACAUACUUAAAUACCAUGCGAUGACUGUCGCGGCUGCUCCUGCAUGAGCUCUAACUUUCCCUUGCCUGUUAUGCAGCGCCACGCGAUCUGGCACGGCGCGAGUAUUUUCGCACAGACUGAGGCCUACAAACAAAAGAGAAUUACAAAGGAGGUGUAUGAGGAACAACAAUUUUCACGCGCGGCUCGUGGAGGAGGAAUUGGCGCGGGUACGAGUGGGUCGUUUGGGGACGAUGAAAUGCAUCGACCACUGCGGAACAACUACGAUAGUGCAGGUUCUUGUCCUUCCGCAGGAACAACUACUGCAAGAGCGGGAAAUAAAUCUACGUACAAUAAAAUUUUCUCUUGAGCAACGGAACGUGGAAUCAGGAAGUAGAGCAGUGGGGAGGUUCCCCGCGCCCGACGUAGAGAUGGGAAUCCCAUGAUUUCGUAUUUUAGAAAAGGUAACCUCUAGCUACAAUUAUAUAUACGUUUGUUUUCCUUCCUCGCAAUUGAGUUCCAUCUGAUAGCGCAAUGACUCAAAUGAAACCAACAGCUGGUGAACAAGGUGCCCCGAUAUUUGUAAAACCUCAACCUACUCGAACUCGUACAAAUAAGCACUCACUACUCGAAUAAAAGCGAUGGAGGAGAUGUGUCUGUCAACCAAUUUGGUGUCUAUGCGGGCGAAGUUGAUGAAGAGAGAGUAAAAAAGGUAAUCCAGUCAUUCCUGGACGACGAGUGUGAGGGACAAUUUUGUACGUCGUUUUUAGUGCUGUAGAAAAGAUGAUGAUUAUCAUCAAAGUCAAAC